GGAAGCAAAGCCCUCUCUUCCCCCCAAAGAAGUAAAAAAGAAACACCCUCUUGAGUCUUCUUGAUGGAACUACGAAUUCCUUAUUCCUUUCCCUCAUGUCUUGCUACAUUAAAUCACCAAAGAAAUGCAACUGCACUAACAAGGAAACAUACGAAAAGAGGCAAGCAAUGCCUAUCAGUAUUACCCUCCUUCGUUAUCGUCUCAGCAAAGUUCGAUGAAACACAAGUGAAUCAACGACGGUCAGCUAAUUAUCACCCAAGUAUUUGGGAUCAGAAACUCAUUGAGUCCUUUACCACUCCCUACUCAUAUGAGAUCCAUGCCACUCGGCUUGAGGGGUUGAAGCAAGACGUUAAAACUUUGUUGACAUCCACAAAAGACAAAAGUGUCUUACUGAGGCUUAUAGAUUCAAUGCAGCGGCUAGGAGUGUCUUACCACUUUGAGCAAGAGAUAGAAGAGGUUUUGAAAUUUCAACGUCCAGAUGUUACUAGCGAUCUUUACACAGCCGCAUUGCAUUUUCGGAUUCUAAGAGAACGUGGUUUCCCAGUUAGCUCAGAUGUGUUUGACAGAUUCAGAAGCAGAGAUGGGAGAUUCAUAGACAGCUUAAGCAGGGAUGUGGAGGGACUUUUGAGUUUGUAUGAAGCCUCGCACCUUAGGAUGCAUGGAGAAAAUAUAUUGGAAGAAGCCAGGGAUUUUAGUAUCAAAAACCUGAAUUUAUUAAUGGAAAAAUUGGACAGUAAUUCAGCUAAGAAAGUGAAACAGUCACUGGAAAUCCCCUUAUUUUGGAGGAUGCCUAGAGUUGAAGCUCGGAACUUUAUUGAUGUCUAUCAAAAAGAUAAUACAAAGAACUUGACCUUACUUGAGCUGGCUAAGUUGGAUUACAAUUUAGUGCAAUCCGUGUAUCAACAAGAACUCAAGGAGUUAGAAAGGUGGUGGAGAGACUUGGGUUUUAAAGAUAAGCUAACUUUUUCAAGGGACCGACUGAUGGAGAAUUAUAUGUGGGCUGUGGGUAUCAUUUUUGAGCCCCAGUUCUCCAAGUGCAGGAUAGGCCUCACCAAAUUUGUAUGCAUAUUAACAGCUAUUGAUGACAUGUAUGAUGUAUAUGGAUUGCUAGAUGAGCUUGAAUGCUUCACCGAUGCAGUGAAACGAUGGGAAAUGAAGGCAAUGGAGGACCUACCCAUAUACAUGAAGAUUUGCUAUGUUGCUAUUCUUAACUUUGCUAAUGAAAUGGCUGGUGAUGUCAUCAAAGAUCAUGGCUUGAAUAUUCUGACCUAUCUUAUUGAAGAGGAAUCGUGUUAUGUUGAGAUGUCUUUAUCAAGUGGUAAUUUCUCGGGUUCAUGUGGACAUAUGUGCAAUGAGCAGACUUGUGUUUUGAGAACAAGUUUGAGUUUGCACAAUUUUGGGAGGAGGUUCUUGGGUUGUAGCCGUUAUAAGGUUGGUCCUAAGUGUCCUUUCUUUAUUUGGAUUGAUAACCCAACCUGGCCUCAUGGGAAUGAAGCUGCACCUUUGGCUCUAGAGAAGAUGUCUAGGCUUCAGACUGCUCUCCAACUUGCAAAUGAGAGGGAAAGGACAGCUCUGGAAAUGGCAGAAGAAGCUAGGCAAAUGGCAGAAAAGGCUCUUGAAGAGGAAGCCAAAGCCAAGGAGAGGGAGAGAAAGGCUCGAGCUGUCUGUGCAAAAGUUAAGGAAAAAGCCAUUCUUGCUGAAGAGAAGCAAAGAAUGUGGAAGUCUACAUGCAUUUUGUCAUGGAUCUUUUUUGUUAUUGUUAUGUUGUUGUGUUUUGGCUCAAUUGAGUUCUCUGGAGUGAAGAGACCUAGAUUGUUGCCCCUGAAGUAG